AUGAUGAAAAUGCCUAUGCCAAGUAUUGACAGUGUGAGAGUGGCAGUACGAGUGCGGCCCUUCAGUCAGAGAGAGAAGAAUUCUGGGAGCAAAUGUGUGAUUUCCAUGCAUUCCAGGACCACUACCAUUAUACAAGACCCUAAGAAUCCAGAACAUACGAAGACAUUUACUUUUGACCUGGCAUACUGGUCUCACAAUGGAUUUCAAAAGGAUAAGGAUGGUGUGUUUAUUUCAGCUAAUCCUAGCAGUAAAUUUGCAGGCCAGAGAGAUGUUUUCCACGAUCUUGGCAGGGGAAUUCUGGACAGUGCCUGGCAAGGCUAUAAUACUACUCUCCUGGCUUAUGGCCAAACUGGCUCUGGAAAAAGCUAUUCCAUGAUUGGGUUUGGGGCAAACAAGGGUAUCAUUCCAAAUGUGUGUGAAGAGCUAUUUCAAGCAAUUGAGAACCGGGAGAAAAAUCAAGAAUACCAGGUUACAUUCAGCAUGCUGGAAAUUUACAAUGAACAGGUAAGAGAUUUGCUGUCCAAAACCAAGAAACCUGGAGGGCUAAAAGUAAGGGAAGACCAACAGCUGGGCUUUUAUGUGGAUGGUCUAAAGUCAGUGCCUUGUGAGAACUAUGCCCAGAUUGAAAGACUGAUGGAACAAGGAACAAAAAUAAGGACCACAGCUUCAACCAACAUGAAUGCCAGCAGCAGCCGGUCUCACAUGGUCAUCACCAUUCAGUUCAAGCAGGUUUUUCUAGAUAGAGGCCUCAGCAAACAAUCCAGUAUUAAUUUGGUGGAUUUAGCUGGAAGUGAAAGGCAGAAAUCUUCAGGAUCUGAAGGUGACAGACUGAGGGAAGGAUCACGAGUUAACUUAAGUUUAACCAAUUUAGGAAAUGUUAUCAGUGCUCUGGCUGAUGCAGCCAUGGGGAAGAAAGUCUUGCACAUUCCCUACAGAGACUCUGUUCUGACCAAACUGCUCCAGUCAGCUCUGGGUGGGAACAGCAGAACUACUUUGAUAGCAGCCAUAAGUCCGGCUGACAUCUGCUACGAGGAAACUUUAUCGACAUUGAGAUAUGCUGAAAGGGCUAAGAAGAUCCGGAACAAAGCCGUGGUCAACACCUCGACCCUGAUGAGAGAGUCCAGGGCAAAGAACAACAAACUGCUGCUUGGGUGUGGAAACUCCAGAAUGGCAGAGCUGCCAGCCUGUCAGCUCAGGUCUCCCCCUGAUCAGCUGAGCUGGGUGCACCAGCUGGAGCAGGCCCGGAGUGAAUGGCAGCAGUACUACGUGGCCAUCGCCCAGGAGCAGCAGAUGAUGAAGACCUUCCCGCACCUUCUCAACGUCAAUGAAGACCCGCAGCUCACGGGGGUUCUCAAGCACUUCAUUGAAGCUGGUUCGUGUGAUACGGGUCAGGCAGCUUCAAAUGCCAUCACUCUUCAAGGUUUGGGAAUUUCAGAUAAACACGCUACCUUCACAAAUUCGGAUGGUAAAGUGACGGUGACUCCACACGGCAAAGGCAAGGUCAUCGUUAACGGGGUGCCCAUCACGACCAAGACGAAGCUGCAGCAUUUGGACCGAAUUAUUUUGGGAUCCAACAGCGCCUACCUCUACAUCGGGUUUCCUUCAGAGCGAGGCAGUGAGGACUUGAGCAGAUUUGAUUAUGACUUUUUCCAGCUGGAGAGAGCGGCUUCGGAGGGAGUGAGUGUGGACACGCUCGGUGCUGUGAACAGUGGGGAUGGCAAGGCAGACCCCAGUGUCCUGGCUGUGUUCCAGGACUACAUCAAACUGAUGCCACUGGUUGCAGAAGCAAAUCAAAUGAGUGAAGAGCUGAAGAAGGGACUUAACAUGGAGCUGAAAGUGAAGAACUUAGUGUCAUCAGAUUCCAGGGGCUAUGACCUACAAAAAGAGGUCAUGGUGAAGGUGACCAAUCAGAGGACUCGUCAGGUGUGGAUUUGGUCAAAAGCCAAGUUUAUCAAUAGGAAAUUCCUAAUGGAGGAACUUUACCAGCGUUUUCUGGAUGGAGAAGAUAGCCACGUAGCUCAGGAAGAGGACCCUUUCUGGGAUCCUGCUGAGGUCAUCCACUUGGGCUCAGCUCACAUCUGGCUCCAGUCACUUGCCUACUGCAUGAAGUUCGAAGAGCAAGUGGAGUUUCUGAACUGUGACGGGCUAGAAGAGGCAGUGUUGCAUAUCCACAUGGGCCCCUGCUCCCCGACAGGACAAGCACGUGGCGAGGAGGAUGUGGUUAUUGACCCACUGGAGCUGCUGGGCAAGAGAAUGGGCUUCCAGAUUCGCAUUGUGCAGUGCCUUGGCACCAAGUGGCUAAAGGAAGAUGCAGAGCGGGGUGUUCAGAUGGGGUACAGAAUUUAUGAUCUUCCAAACACUUUAUAUACCAAGCCUGUAUGGAAAAUUCUGAAUCCCCAAAUUGAAGAGACUGUCCAAUUUACAGCCUUAAAUGCAUCUCAGGAGUUUCUGAAUUAUUUACAGACAAAUGCUCUCAUUGUUGAUUUAUGGGGCCUUCAAGAAGGCUGUGCCGAACUGAGCUGCUCUCAGCCAGGCCUCAUGGUCACAGGUGAAGGCCACAUCAUGGUGGACACCAAGAAAAUAUCCUCCGUGAUGGAUAAGGGCCAGACUACAUCAAACCAGAUACCAGAACUUUAUCUGAAGCUGCUCAAGUUAGAACAGGAGACAGAACUGCUCAGAAACAUUAACAGAGUGCUCAGAGAGGAAAAUGUGUUUCUUAAAGAAUCUCUUGAGAAAACUGGUUCUAGUCAACAAGCACAUAAGCCUUCCAAUACCCUGAAGCUAACUGGGACGACAGCACAAUUGCCAGCAGCCAGAGAGAUUAAUCAGAUGCGCACCCAGCAAGCCAGCUAUGACAGAGAAUUUGCCAAAGCUCCUAAGGUGUUCUACCAAAGCAUGAAUGUGGCAAGAGGGCAGUUUCUCAAAUUGAGACAUCAUAAACCUCCUGAAGACGAUCAAAUGCUUCGACCAUUUGUACACCAGCAGUCACAAAUGUUAAAGGACUUUGGGGACCUACUUGAAUCCAGCUUGUGGAAACUGAAAAAUGAUGUUGCUCUUAUAGUGAAAAAGAAGAGAGAAUGUUUAUUGCAUAUGGAAUAGUGAGGCUACACCAACUGAAACAUUUGAGCUUUGAGUUGGAAAGAUUAUUUGUGUAGCUAAUAAGCUUAAUUAACUUGGCUCUCAGAGCUGAAUUGUGGACUCAACCUAGUCAACCCAUUUCCCACUCACUCAACCUGUUAUACCACUUUUAAGCAAAACUCUUCUUCAAUUUGAUUUAAAUUCAUGUAAAAAUGAAUCCAUAACCAGGGUGAAGGUGAGGUGGGAAAUAUGAAAGGUGAAUGGUCAGCACUCUGAGCUCUGGGAUUGACUGCCUGGGGCUGAAUCCAUCACUAAUCAAUUGUGUGGUUUGGGGCAAAGGACUUCCCCUAAGUCUCUUUCCUUAUCUGUUACAGGGGAACGGUAACAGUACUUACUGCAGAUGGUUAACAAAUAUAAAAGAAUAUAAAGAACUUAGAAUGUGCUUGGCACACAGAGGAAUUGAUAAGCAACUGCCGUUAAUAUUUUCAUGAUUAACAGCUCCAAACUUCAA